CACCUUCUAUCGCACCACGAUCCAAACGCUGCACCCAGUCCAAUUCUUGUAACGCUCUCCUAUUUUGACAAAUGUUCUCUCACCAAUGUAGCCAAAUUCGCUCCGGGCUCUCUCUCACCUUCGACCGCGUCCACAGCUAGAGUCAACAACCCCGCCUCCCUGCCUCCUUGGUGAACCGAGAAUCAUGCCUACCUCUACCAUAUGGCGUCCUUCCGGAGACCCUCAGAUACCUCGGGGAGUCAGUCCCAUGCGCCCCUCGCCCCAGGACAUCGAAAGACUCUCUCCUGAGCCGGUCCUUGACACGUUCACCCACCCCGUAUCCUCCUCUUUCCCUCAGACCUCACAAGAAAAUGGCUUCUUAUUAAAGGGACUCGGCUUGUCAGAAACAGGGAUAUCGGACAAUGCAGGAGCCACUCUUCAGCCAGAUCAUCUGUACUACGAUCAAGAUGGCGCGGCCCAUGUUGGCGCUCGAGUAGUCGGAGGAGCGAGCGUGGCCAACGGCCAUGAUCGGAAAGCUCGAGAGAAGGGCCAUACACGCUCUGGUUCGACCAUCGAUGACCUUGCGAGUGCCGCCAUUGCGACUAGCCCUGCGGCCGUCGAACAGCGAUCUCCCUCCUUUUCCACACGAAGCCCAUUCUCUACGACACGACCCUCAACCUCCUAUGUUCAAUCUUUCACAUUCGAUGAGCACUUCAAUGAGCCUCCUUCGAAACGAAUCAAGUCCGAGCGGCUCCCUAACCUUGAAUGGUCACCCCGUGCGGACAGACCGAAAACAAGCGGUAAUGACAGUGCGGGAGACAUAACCCACGAAGACGCGUGGCUCCUGCUGAGUUUGAAGAACGAAGUCAAUUUCAAACAUCUUACGCCGUCUUUACCAUCUGCAGUCUUGCAUGAGCCGGCAGCGUCCCCACCCCUGUCGAGGCAGAAUUGGGAAGACGAGAAUGUGGAAGACACGGCAGCUGUGCAAGCAUCGCAGCACAAGAGUCCAGAAAGAGAUAGGAGAGACAGAGACCCGACCGCGAGCAAGGAACAUCAAGCCACCGAUGCUCGACAGGCUCUUGUGUCGGAACAGAAUAACAUUGCGCGGAGGCUUUCCAACCUAUCAAAGAGACAGAUCUCAGGCGAGGAGACUGUCCACGAAAACCAUAUAACAGCUACGCACGUGCAGUCUGGCCUUCCGUCUACCCAGGCCCAGACCGCGCCUCCUAAGAAACAGAGACGAGUCAGACCUGAGGUUCAACAAGAUACCUGCGCAGGCUGUCACCGCCUCCAACCGGAAGCCACCAACGAAGAGGACGUUGAGAUUUCUUGGAUACAAUGUGGCCCUUGCGAGAGGUGGUUCCAUGAAAAGUGUGCAGGAUUCAAAACAAAAAGCGAAGCAAGAAGUGUCGAUAAAUAUGUUUGUAAGGACUGCGAACCAGUGCAUGGCAAGACCACAUACGUACGGAAGUCGGCGAGGCAGAGGACCGCCGUCGACUACGUCAACCUCAACCAGGGCGUUGUCAAACCAUCGGAAGAUACAUUGACGCAUCAUUACAUACAGCCGAUCAAAGAGGGAAAGAUCGAGCUUCUACCAGAUGACUUCCCACGCGUACGGCCGGAGCUGCUCACAGUGGAAUUUAUGGAAAGCUUCGAGGGAAUGAAGCGACCAUUUGUAGUUCCGGCAUGCUGGAACCCACGAUUCGGUGCGAAACGACAGGCCAGUCCAAAGCCGGAAAACCCUUCAUCCACAGUGAUCAAUGAAGAAGGAAUUCCAAUGGUCCACGAAGUGGAGGGUCCAAUUGAAACAGUUGAAGACGAAGUCAUCGACUGUGACCAAGACUUGCUCGGUAUGGUCAUUCCACGCCAUCUAACUGUUCGGAAGGUGGCAGAGCUUUAUGGACAACACGAAUUUGUCCCUGUUAUUGAUGUCAAGACCCAAGAGACUAGAGGACAAUGGACCUUGAAAGAAUGGGCUGACUACUAUGAAAAGCAGGGCGAGAAGCCUAUUCGUAACGUGAUAAGCUUGGAAGUGUCACACAGCCCGCUGGGCCGGCUCUUGCGACGUCCAACCGUCGUACGAGAACUGGAUCUUGAAGACAAUGUUUGGGAGCUCGAUGCAGAAACACGAGCAAAGAAACGACCUGUGCAAUUCUAUUGCCUGAUGUCAGUCGCUGAUAGCUAUACCGAUUUCCACAUCGAUUUCGGAGGAUCGUCGGUGUACUAUCACAUUCUCAAGGGAACCAAGACGUUCUUCUUCAUUCCGCCUGAGGAUAGGUAUCUCAAGAAGUAUGAGGAAUGGUGCAACUCAGACGCUCAGAACGACACCUGGCUGGGAGACUUAUGCAACGGCAAUGUCACGAGAGUUGAUCUUCACGAAGGGGAUACUGCUUUCAUUCCCGCUGGUUGGAUCCAUUCAGUUUGGACACCAGAAGACAGUCUUGUUAUCGGAGGAAAUUUCCUAACACGCAUCGACUUUGAAACACAGCUGAAGGUGUUUAAUGUUGAAAAAGCAACAAAAGUCGCAGCCAAGUUUCGGUACCCCUUCUUCCAGAAAGUAAUGUGGUAUGCAUUGAUGAAGUAUUUGGAAGACGAUCCGGUUCCGGAAGAAGUCGUGGAGGACUUUCAGGAAGAUCCGGAUUAUACAUUCUUACGCGCAAACCCGGUGUGGCAUGAGCUUGGUCAUUUGGAAAAUACAGCGGCACCAGGGGAUCCGGCACACAACUCGAGAUACUACCCGAAAUCAGAAGUGACGGGAUGGCCGUCAUUAAGAGACUAUCUUUACCGGACUGCUCGAGUUCAUGCCGGCCUGCCUGUUGCGGAUAUCAACAAGAAACAGGUCGAUGCUGUCAAGAAUUCAGUGCCAAAAGAAUGCAGUGAUCCUCUACUUAUGACCAAACGAUUUGCAAUCUGGAUUGCCUGGAAGAUUGGAAACGUCACUGCUCCAGAAUGGGUACAUUCUGAUGGUGCCCUCGAGAGUGAACAAAUCGACAAGACCAAAAAACUCGAAAGAUAUUCACUACCAGGAGAACGCACUUCAGCACGAAAGGCCGCACAGGUUCAGAGUCGGACACAAAGUCCUCCCGAAUCACCCAGCGUUGUCAUCCCGACGAGGCAAAGCUCAAAAUCAGGGUCCAAGAGCAGUAGCAGCAAAUCCGCAUGCGAAAACUGCAGAAAACGUCGAAUCAAAUGUAAACACAAAUCUGGUAGUGAGACGCCCACUAGGCCUGCGCCAGAGAUCCGACCGCGAAGUUUCUCUGCUGGAGCAGUAUCGACCAAGAACACUACAGCAGGAAAUUGCACUUCUGACCAAACUGCGGCUUCAGACGGUGUAGUGAAUGGCGUCGAGUCCAAUGAUCCGCAAAGUUCCAAGAAGGGAAGAACAAAAGCCUGCGAAGAAUGUCGCAAAAGCAAGCGUCGGUGCGUACAUGAUGAAUACGGUCGGGUUGAUCCCGCCAAAGCAGCAGAACCAUCCAAGCCUCGAGGGUCGAGCAGUUCAAAACGACCUUCUCGACCGAGUGACGACAAUGGACCCAACAAACGCGUAAAGAUGUCGGACGAAUCUAUGGACGAUCUUAUUGAUCCGUCCUUGGUGAAUGGCGAGUCUCUUCUCUUCGGACAGGAAAUCCUUGAAGAGAGUUUCCAUACCCCUGGUGCCUUUGUGGAAAACGCCAUUGAUGAUUCCGAUGAUGCGUCUCGACAUAUGGAGAACGGAAUGGACGAUGUUCAACCUGCCGACGAUGGUGAUGGAGAGGAUGAAAUGCCAAUAGAUCCAUCGUUGAUGGAAAUUGCUGUUCAAGCGACUGAAACGGUCAAUAUCAAAAAUGAACACGAAGCGGGAGAUGUCGUAAUGGUCGAUGGCGAUGUUGCUGAGGCUACCACUUCGAGAAACAACAGUGCAUUUGCCACUCCAGGCCCAAUCAAAACCGGCUCUUCGGUCAACGGAGACUAUUCGGCAAUCGCCAGUUCAACACCAGGAUCGAGGCAAUCGUCCAGGCAGCCGAAACAGGUUGAACGGUACACGCCGGAAGAUAAACGAUCGCCGACCAAAGCGUACCCUAAACCUCCGAGAAGCAAUCGACGAGCAUCGAGUGCCGCUAGCGCACAAACUAUCGUGACCAACCCCAAAAGUCGACGGUCGUCCAGUCACACAUCCUCAACUGUUCAUCGAGACGCGAUAGCCAUGCUGCGUGGACGAGGUGCGUCCACAGAGAUCUCUAUAUCUGCCGCUCGUCCUGUCAGUAGAGCUAGCACGGCCGAAAGCGAUUUGGAUGUAGAUGAGAAGUUUGCUAGGGAGUUGCAUGCUGUAGCAAAUGGGCUCAGACGACGCACGAGUAUGAGGGCUUGAGCAGAUCAUCGAACGGACAUAUGUGAACAUGUGAACCUGUUUGCUGCUCGGUUCAUUCGCGGCCUGCUGCUGAUGAUGAUAUGAUCGAGCUUUUGGAGUGUGAGCUGAUGGGCGGGAGUUACGCUACGUCACCUUGAGCAAUGGGGACAUGAAAUGAGAUUGAGAUUAAGGGGUUCCCAAAACGAAUUUGGUUGAUGAGUGAGCACACACAGAGUCUCAUCCUCUUAAUCUCGCUCUUGCCUCUCUUCAUUUUUGGUCAGACUGAUGGCUUGAUGACGACGGAAGGACGAUGCUUUGCCCUUUGCUUUGGCUUUUUUUUGUUCUCAUGGGCGUCCUUUUGGUCAAAGGGACAACGGAUAUCAUCACAUGGCAAUGGUGCAUGAUUUGGAAGGGAAACGACGGGGAAUUUGAUUAUACCGGAGUAUAUACUUACAACCUACUCGAGGUGUGCCUGUCUGCCUGCCAGUUCUAGGAGAGGAGGUACUUGGUGUCUUCCGCCUCCUUUUUUUAUGUUUUGUUUUGUUCAUUGUCGAUACAUAAUACCCUUGGUAGCAAGUCUCUGU